UUCUAGUUAUAGUCUCAAUAUUACACUAUAAAUUGACAUAUUAUAUUCCCCACAUACCCUAUUUCAAAGGAGGAAGUUUGUUUGUGAUGUUACAGGUAAGUCCAAUCAUAUGAUUCAAACAAGAGCUGUUAAUGUAAAUAAUGUAACAAUUAUUAAAGAUUGUGUAUUGUUACUAUUGAAAAAGGAAGUUUAUGUUUUAAAAUUAUUCUAAUCUAUUAUAUUUAACUUGUUCAUUUUCAACACAUUAUCAUACGGUAUUGUUGAUGCAGCUGCAACUUGCUCAAGCUUCUUCGGGGAUGGCCAAUUUUAUUUUGAUACUUUGCCUAAGCGUUGGCUUAGCGAAGGCAUCCGGGCAUUUUGAAUUUUAUAAAAAGGUAAAGAUGGAAAAAGAAGAGGUUCCAGAAUUUGAAAUGGACCGCAAUCCUUUCAAAUCACUUGGGAAGAGGGGUGUCCUCCAGCAACGAGGCAAUUUCACAACGUGUGGUGAUAAAAAAGAUAAAUUUUCCCUCCAGUGGGAGCCCAAGAUUUUGAAUACACAAGGUGUCGCCACUGUGUACUGGGAUCUCGUAGCUCCAUAUGAUUUCGACAGUGGAAAUGUAGAACUCGUUGCGUGGCUCCCAGGACAACCGGACACCCCAAUAUUGAACAUUGGCCAAAAAGGUACAUGUGGGGACUUAAAAAGUAUGAUACGGACAUUAACUUGUCCCAUAAAGAAGAAUGAUGUAUCCAAAAAUCAUUUUACCUUCAGUGAUUUAAGAAGACUCCCAACAGGAAAGUUCGAUAUCGAGUUCAAGAUAACGAACGCCAAAAAUGAAGUCUUUCUUUGUGGACGAGCCAGUAUGGAACUGAUCCCUUGAACAGAUUAAACAAAUUGACUGUAUUUGACACAAUAUACUCAUAUCUGUCAUAUUUUCGAGAUAUUGAUAUACUCAGCCUUAGGAAUUAAUAUGUAUUCCCUUUUUAGCUCACCUGCCGCUAAGGGCCAAGUGAGCUUUUCUCAUCACUUUGCUUCCGUCGUCGUCGUCGUCUGUUAACUUUUACAAAAAUCUUCUCCUCUGAAACCACUGGGUCAAAUUUAACCAAACUUGGCCACAAUUAUCUUUUACAAAAUAUUUUCCUCUGUAACGAAAGGACCAAGUUUAUUAUAAAUCGAGAAAAUUGUAAGUAGCAAGAAUUUCAGUAAAUAAAGAUCUCCAAAACAUCACCAUCACCAAAACACAAUUUUGUCAUGAAUCCAUCUGUGUAAUUUGUUUAAUAUGCACAUAAACCAAGGUGAGCAACACAGCCCCUUAACAGCAUCUAAAUUCAUUUAUUUGUAUUUCUUGGAGGUUUCAAAAAAGGCAACUUUGAAUAUUAAAAAGAAUCUAAUACACCAAAUAGGUAAAAAUAAAACAAUAUACAAGUAGACAAUUAUUGUGUAAAGCCAGAACAGUUCCAACUUUUAAAUUUAUAUAAGUUUUGUUCAUGUCGAGGCAUAUCGUAAUGAUGUUCGAUUAAAAUUUAUA